AUGCAGAAUGUUGAGUACGGCUGCAACAUCAUCCAGAACUGCAACCUGGACGACGGCCUCAACGGGUGGUGCCUGCUAGGCCCCUGCACGCUGUCCAUCCACGACGGCAGACCUCGGGUGCUCCCGCCCAUGGCGCAGGAGUCCCUGGCGCUGGACGACGAGCCGCUCAACGGCAAGCACAUCCACGUCACCAACCGCACACAGACGUGGAUGGGCCCCGCGCAGAUCAUCACCGACAAGCUCACGCUCUACGCGACGUACCAGGUCUCCGCCUGGGUCCGCGUCGGCGCCCAGCAGGCCAGCGGCGCCGGCGCGCCGUCCUGGCGUGCGACGAGCGCUAGCUGGUAUGAGGUCGGCGGCGCGUUCCGCAUGGAGGCGAAGCCGGCGUCGCGCGUCAUGGUGUACGUCCAGGGCCCCGACGCCGGCGUCGACCUCAUGGUCGCGGGGCUCCAGGUGUUCCCCGUGGACCGGAAGGCCCGCGUCAAGCACCUGAAGCGGCUCACCGACAAGGUGCGCAAGCGGGACGUGGUGCUCAAGGUGACGGGCGCCGACGGGGCCGCCGUCAAGGACGCGGACGGCGUGGACGUGCGCUAG